UCUGUUCGGCAGGCUGUUUUACGUCACUAGGCGGGCAAAGAGAGUUUGCGGAGUGAGAUUGACUACAGAGUAAAGAUCUGCGCGCGGUUACUGGCUUUUCCUUACCUUAUUUACGUUUUUAUGCGUGUAAAUUCGCUAUUUCAGGAUCAAUUCGACACAAAGACACUGUGUGCACUGCACAUUCAUAAAUAUUAAUAUUGAAGAUGCACGUGAGGGAAUGCUUCAUUUCGGCCCCAGGCAAGUCCAUCCUGCAUGGUGAGCAUGCAGUCGUUCAUGGGAAGGUGGCCCUGGCCGUAAGCCUGAACCUGCGCACAUAUCUGCGCCUGCAGGCCACGUCCGCUGGUGAAGUGUGCAUCAAUCUUCCUAACAUCGACACCUUCCUGUCCUGGGACAUUACAGCCCUGAAGUCCUUACUGUCUGGCUGGAAAGCUGACUGCAGCUCCUGUGAGCUGGAUUUAAACCUGGUGAAGAGGCUGCGAGAGUUUACAGCCAUCACUGAAGGCUCCACCGACACCAGAAGCAUGGCAGUUCUGGCCUUCCUCUACAUCUACCUGAGAGUGUUUGCAGACACAGAGGUUUUGCCCAGUCUGAGUGUGUGUGUGUGGUCAGAGCUGCCCACAGGUGCAGGUUUGGGCUCCAGUGCCGCUUUCAGUGUGUGUCUCUCUGCUGCUCUGCUUUCAGCCAGAGGAACCAUUUCCACCCCCCUCAUCCAGCAGCAGAACACAGCCAGGUGGAGCGAUGCGGAGCUGGAGCUGAUCAAUAAGUGGGCGUUUCAGGGCGAGAAGAUCAUCCACGGGAACCCGUCUGGAGUGGAUAAUGCAGUGGGCACAUGGGGGGGUGUUUUGAGGUACCAUGCUGGGAUGAUAACUCCACUGAGCAGGGUGCCCACGCUCAGGAUCCUCCUCACCAACACUAAAGUGCCACGCAGCACCAAGGUUCUGGUUUCUGGAGUGAAGGACAAAAUUAACAAGUAUCCCUCUAUAAUGACCCCGGUGCUGGACUCGGUGGACGCUGUGUCUCAGACCUGUGAGCAGACUCUGGCUGAGAUGGCCACGGAGGGAGCCUCAGCCAAACAUUACAACACCCUGGAGGACCUGAUAGACAUCAACCAGCACCACCUGAACGUGAUGGGCGUGGGUCACUCGUCUCUGGACACCCUGUGUCGGGUCACACUCGCCCACGGGCUGCACAGCAAGCUGACCGGAGCGGGCGGAGGGGGCUGCGGCAUCACCCUCCUUCGACCAGAAACAGAGCCUUCGGUGGUGCAGGCGGCAGUGCAGGAGCUGAAGGAAACAGGGUUUGACUGCUGGGAGACCCUCCUAGGCGGACCGGGGGUCCUACUGCACUCCUCUAACUCAAUCACUCAGGACACACUUAGCAUCCUCACCAGCUACUGAGCAGCUGCACCUCUAACACAGACAUUAAAGGUACAAUGAGGGAAAGGUCCACUGCAACCGGACGGAGUGUUGGAGAGUUUUCUGGUAUUUAUGGAGCGUGUGAUGGUUAGCAUUAGGUUAUGAAGGGUCAUGGGCAUCCUGCCACUGGAGAAAUGGACAUAAUGUGAUGUAUGGGUGUAACACGUAAACGCAGAGUGUACCUUUAAUCCAGUCACUCAGGAUGUGUUUCAGAGAAACUGCUGCUACACGUUACAGGCAUAUUCUCUGAAGAGGAACUGCUAAAGGUUUUGUCAUCCACCAAGGCAAGUGGAUCACUGGUAUCCAGAGCCUUUAGUUAAUGCAGAGUACAAACUGUAGACUUAACUAAGGGGAAUCCCACCGGUUUUCCAAAAUUUUCACGGAAUUCAGUGGUUGAGAUGUAAACAGUCAUUCAGAGUGGUUUGGUGUGAAAUGGUUCAGAUUUCUUCACAGUGGUGGUGAUAGGAACCAGGGGACACCAUGACUACAACACAAAUAUAGCCAUUUAUUUACUACCCAAAACCACCAGUGAAUAUAUUUUGCUUUACAGUCUGGUUCCUAUCACCACUUUGAAAAUUCUGUGUGGGUAAGUGUCUUUAGAACGGAGCAUUUCACGCCAAACCACUCUGAAUGACUGUUUAAAUCUCAGUAUGGAAAUUUUGGAAAAUUGGUGGAAUUCCCCUUUAACAUAUGUAGUAUUCAAGUUCAGAUACGAUUACAGUCACAUUUAGAUCCUUUUAUCGUGCCCCAUCCUAACUGACUUGCUUUGACACAGUUUAGCCUCUAGAUGGCAGCAGAAGCUCAAUAACGAUAUUAUUGCCUAUUAAAAUCUAUUAUUAAGAUUUUAAUUUGCUGAUCAAGCGCAUAAAUGCACAGAGCUGAUCUUGGUUUCAAUGAACGGUAAUGGAACAAAUUCUUAAAUUAAUUGUUUUAAUUUAUAUUUUUGCGCAAUUGUUGUAAUGACAACAAUAUUUCUCUUAUUGUUGACCAAGUGUGAAUAAUGUGCCUGAGACAUGAAUGGACAACACAGAGUACAAAUAGUAAAUACAAAACACAGUCAUAAAAUAUGAAUAUGUAUCAAUGCACAUGAACAUAUUGACCAAAAAUACCAUUUGGUUAUGGCACUUACAUUAUAAUGUAAACAUGCCUCUGUGUCCUCAGUUAUCAGUGCUGCUAAUAAACUGCUGGUCAUUCAGUGAGUCGGCAUCAUUUACGGUCAGUGCGUGCCAGGAGAGCAAUGAGGGAGUCUGCUGGCUGUUGACCAGCAGAGCUGAUUUGUGGACUGCAGAGUGGAAAUGGACCACUUAACAGAGCGCAGCCAGAGAGGGGACUUUGCUGGAGCUUUUCUUGGUAAAAUAUUACAAAUAAAGCACAAAGCAGUGACGGCCUGGAGGAAACUCUUUAAUACACAGGUCAACACAAUCUGGCCAUUUUGAACAUGUUUAUAUUGUCAUAAUAAUGAAGGAAAUGUCUCUGACUCAGGUCCAGUUUCUGCACAUUCACAUAAACACACCGCAUACAAAACUAGGAGUAUGUCUUUAAAGGGAAAUUCCACAGAAUAUUUCCGAGCUUGAGAUGUAAAUAGAGUCAUUCAGAAGUUUGAGGUUUGGUGUGAAAUGGUUCAAUGUAGAGACUCAGAUGUCUUUACAGUGGUGGUGAUAGGAACCAGGGGUCACCAUGACUACAACACUAAUAUAGACAUUUUAUUUACUAUCCAAAACCACCAGUGAACCUACACGAGUUUGUGUAUGGAAUGAUGAUGAUGAUGGUAAAAUAGUGAUAAAUCUGAAAAAGUUUUCUUUUAGGACUAUUUUGCCUCACAAUGUCCUGCACGUAUCCCUCCACCAUGAAUGGGUUUAAAUCAUUUUGUUUUAGGCCAAAAUCUUUUCCAAACAAUCGUCUCAGACUUCAUAACCAUUUCAUGUAACAACUUUCUGUGAGGGAGCUUUUAGAGGUGGACGUCUGGUUCCUAUCACCACCACUGUGAACAAUUCUGAGUCAGUCAGUUUCUCUAGAACAGAGCGUUUCCCACCAAACCACUCUGAAUGACUCUGUUUACAUCUUAAACGUUUAAUUAUGCAGAAAUUUUUAAAAAGUGGUGGAAUUCUCCUUUAUGAGUGGUGAAAAGUUAAAAGGUUGCUACUUCAUAUGAACUGUAUUAACUAAUACAUAAUAAAGCAUAUGUAAUGAAAGUG